AUGAAAGAAGUCAAAUUAGUGAUAAACAUAAAAGGAAUAGUAGAGGUAUGCCAAGCUAUGAAAAGUAUGAAUGAUAUAAAAGCAGCUAUUAAACACAAAGAUAAUAUAAGUCAAUUGACUAUUCUCAAGCGCUUACUCAAAGACAAUCUGAGAAUAGAAAACAGUCCAUAUACUAAUGAUGAUGACAAUCAGUAUAUCAUAGAAACAGCUGAAAAUGAGAUCUGCCAAUAUUUUGUAUACAGAUACCCAGUGUUUCCUCGGGCCAUAAGUGAAUUAAAUGAUGCAAUAAAGAAUGAAGAAGAUGAAUCGAUCAGAUCGCAUGCCAUCGAGUUGGCCAAUAAAAUCAUGGAAAUGAACCCUCUUAUAUAUAGGAUAGAGCACGGGAUAAGUAGGAAGAGUGAAGCAGUAGAGGAAAUAAAGUCAGAUGUCAGCAAUGAUAAAUUAGGCACCAGAACAUGCACACUAGAGAUCAACGAUGUAAAGUUUCCCAGCUUGAAAAGGAUGGCUAAGUAUAGUACAGAAAGUUUGAACAGAUAUGUCUCACAAUCUAUAUCUCGUUCACUAGACUCAGAAAACCUGCUUUUUUUAAACGAAUCUACUCCUAUAGGAGAAUACCACACAUUGAAUGAACUGUACACUAACACAUGUGAAGGCACUGAUGUGCUAUUGAUAGAGUAUGGAAUGGAUCUUAUUCACAAAAAAUACGUUGAAAUUCGAGAUAUAGUUCAAAAGGUUAUGGAAAUGAAAAAUAGUAUGGAUAAAAAGCAGUAUAUAAUUGACCAAGUGAAUGCAUUAUUUGCCUCUAAAGAAGACUCUAAAGCAGUCCUUUCUAUUAUCAAGAACAUAGGACCAAUUCUAAUCGAAAAAGAAAUACAGAAGUAUAUGAUCAAUGCAGUAGUAUAUAUGGUAAAUAACACAGAUCUCUUAGGUGAAAAAGGUGCGCCAAAGACCCUAAAACUUGAAAAAGAUUUGAGUAAUUUUGCAAAAGACUAUAUAGAUAUUGGUGCUGUUUUAGAGAAAAAAGUGGAGACAGAAAUUGAUAAAUUAAAAAGAGAAAAAAGAGAAUUAGAAAAAGGAAAAAGAAAAGAAGAAUUAGAAGCAGCAGAAAAAAUAAAAUUACUAGAUUGGAAGCUAAAAAGAGAGAACUCACAAUAUGAUGAGAUUAUUCUUCUUCAAGAUAGCUUGCAGCAUUUAGAAAACCUAGAUCCAGCCCAAGUAAACUACUUAUACAAGAAAAUAGGAGAAUUUUUGAAAGCAGAAAAUGUGAAAGCAAUAGAGCUAGAAAAGCCAGAAGAAGCAAUAAAAGCACCAGAAACAAAGCUCAAUGAAAAAGAACAGCCGCCAUUAGAAGAACAAACACCCCCACGGCCACUACUUGAUGAACAGCCAAAAACAGAUAUGCAUGCACAAGCAUCACCACUCAACAACCAGCCACCAUUAGAAGAACAAGCAGCACCGCAUCCAGCAUCCACAAAAAGCAAGAUAGUUUCAACUCUGAAGAUUGUAGUGUCUGUGUUCCUAGUUGUUCUCUUUAUAGUAUCAACAAUAGUCUUUGGCUACAGAAUAGAGAACAGAAUGAAAAGCACUAACAACUAG